AUGAAGGAGAGACGGCUCGCGCAGCCUCUCGCGGCCAGGUGUAAACUGGUUCUGGUGGGAGACGUCCAAUGCGGUAAAACUGCCAUGUUACAGGUGCUGGUGAAGGACUGCUACCCGGAGACAUAUGUCCCCACGGUGUUUGAGAACUACACGGCUUGUCUGGAGCUGGAGGACCAGCGGGUGGAGCUCAGCCUUUGGGACACAUCAGGUUCUCCGUACUACGACAACGUGAGGCCCCUCUGCUACAGCGACUCGGAUGCGGUGCUGCUGUGCUUCGACAUCAGCCGACCCGACACCGUGGACGGAGCUCUGAAGAAGUGGAAAGCAGAGAUUCAGGACUUCUGUCCCAACACUCGAGUCCUUCUGAUUGGCUGCAAGACGGACCUGCGCACAGACAUAUGCACACGCAUUGAGCUGUCCAAUCAGAAACAGGCUCCAGUCUCCUACGAACAGGGUACGUCACUGGCCAAGCAGCUCGGAGCCGAGGCCUACCUGGAGUGCUCAGCCUUCACGUCAGAAAAGAGCAUCCAGAGCGUUUUCCGUACCGCAGCUCUGGCCUGCGUCAACAAACUCCACCCUGCCGACAAACCCAGCCCGGUCCGCCGCCUCUCUAAGAGACUGCUACACCUGCCCAGCAAGACCGACCUCCUCUCCUCCACCUUCAGCAAGGAAAAGUCCAAAAGCUGCGCCAUCAUGUGAAGGCAGCUCGGAGCACGCUGGAGAAAGGAAAGGAGGGACGAGAGGACUGUUACGCAGGCGACCAGGGCGCGAGGGGAGAAAGAGAGCAACGGUGUGGAUUAUUUUUUCUACUGCAUCCUCCCUUAUCUCCCGUCAGCACCGCAGUUUCUGCAAAGAGAGAAAAAAUUUGAUGUAGAAUUUAACAAUCCCGAACAAGCAGAGCAUCAUCCUGCGCACUUUUAGGUGCAGAUCCACGUACGUUUUGCUUCAAUAAGAGCAGCACCUUCAUUUUUUAUGUGGAAAUCGGCUGCAAACUCCACAUUUGACUGAAGGGAUGAAUCCAUUUAAAGAUCUGAUGGUGAAGUCGUUGGUAAAGGGCGCAGCAUGGGCUGAAACACAGGAGCGCAAACUCUGAUGGUGACAGGAAGUGAUGUCUGCAGAAACGCAGUGAGGCCCCUCCCCUGAAGAACCCCCCACACCCAACCUAACCCACUUACAGUAUUUUAUUUUGAAAUUCAAGCUGACGACAGAUGAAAAGAGAGGUGGACAGAAGGGAGAGAUUUGGC